AUGAGGUUUACAAUAUCCCUCACCACAACCUUUACGUUGGCGGCAGCCGCUGCUGUCAGUACUCAAUUUCCGCUCUACAAAAGCCCCUCCUCUUCAGUCCAUAUUGCCCAAGAGUGCCUCUUACCAGGCGUUGUGUGCCUCCAGAAACAUGCGGCUAAACUACCGUAUCCGUUCUUUCGCGAACCGGUGAAUGGAACAUUCUUCAACACGUUCGGUGACACCGAGGUUCCGGAAGAUGAUUCGUGGGACCUGGUUGCAAAAGCCGACUUUGUUCUCUUUGAUGAGGAGCGCGGGCGACAGGUCCUAGGCGAAUAUCCCAGCAUCGACUUCAUGUUCGAGGUCAGCCCGUAUCUACACGAGUCACCGGUCUUCGUGCCUGGCCUUAACAAGAUCUUCUUUUCGGAGCUUUCGCCCACCAUCGAUCAGUUUGUCAUUGAUCUGAACUCUACAUAUCCUACAUUGUCAACCUUCGUUGCGGACCCCCCCAUCUACGUUCCAAAUGGCGCGUUCUACCAUGAGGGCAAAGUAUACUAUUCAGUUGCGGGCAGCAAUGCGACUGUUGCCGGUGGACCUGAGCAAAGACCUGGAAUCGUUCUGAUGGAUCCUUGGACGUACAAGACGACGACAGUUCUGGACAACUACUUCGGAUUUGCGUUCACUGACUGCGACGAUGUAAUCGUGGAUCCCAUAACGGGCUUCGUUUGGUUCACCGUUCCGUAUUAUUCGUGGUGGCUCGAAGUCGCCGACAUCGCUCCCCAGCUCAAAUCAGCUACAUACCGGUUCGAUCCAGCAAGCGGCUCUACAGUCGUGGUCAACGACGAAAUGCGUUCGCCCAAUGGAAUUGCGCUCAGUCCGGAUCGCCGUCACUUGUAUAUCAGUGACACUGCGGCUGCCGGCCUGUCUGCUCCGAUUUCGCUCGAUGUGCCCAGCCCAGGUAUCCCAGGCAUCUUAUUCAACAAUACAGGAAAGCGAACCAUAUACAAAUUUGAUUUGGUUGAUGAAGGGAGGACAAUCAUUAAUAAGAGGCCAAUUCACUACGACGUAAUCGGCACUGUGCCGGACGGUCUCAAGGUAGCGAGGAAUGGCUACGUGGUCACUGCAUCGGGAAAUGGCUUGAGCGUCAUGGAUCAGUUCGGCGAUAUGAUUUUGCGAGUGCAAACUAACUUCACAGCAAACAAUUUUAUUUGGACAGAUGCGAAUGACUAUCGAGAAGUGUGGAUUGUAGGUCAGGGUGGUGUGGCUAGAGUAAAGUGGGAUCUUCAGGGCCAGCGAGCACAAUAG